AUGUCGCUCAAACGCAAGGCAGCAGACGCUGCUGCCAGCGAGGCGAAAAAGCCGAAGGCCAAUGGCAGCAUUACCGCCUUCUUUGGCCCGCCAAAGCCCAAGCCUGUCGUAGCCGAAGACGGCACCACCAUCAUCAAGCCGACAGCUAAAUUCAACAAGGACGCGUGGGUUGCGAAGCUCACUGACGAGCAGAGGGAGCUGCUGAAGCUCGAGAUCGACACCCUGGACGAAAGUUGGCUGCUUCAUCUCAAGGAAGAGAUUACCUCCACAGAGUUCCUCAACCUCAAGCGCUUUCUUCAAAAAGAGAAGGAGUCUGGCCAGAAGAUAUUCCCGCCGGAGGCUGAUAUCUACUCAUGGUCUCGUCACACGCCUCUCAACACGGUCAAAGCUGUCAUCUUGGGCCAGGACCCCUACCACAACUACAAUCAAGCCCAUGGCCUCUGCUUCUCCGUGCGACCGCCAACCCCAGCCCCGCCUUCCCUCAAGAAUAUCUACACUGCGCUCAAGAACCAGUUCCCCGAGUUUGAGCCGCCGCCAAAGAAUGGCGGACUGUUGACGCCGUGGGCGGACCGUGGCGUGCUGUUGCUCAACGUCUGCUUGACGGUGCGUGCGCACAGCGCUGCUAGUCACCAGAACAAGGGCUGGGAGCGCUUCACGCAGAAGGUCAUCGAUACGGUGAACCGUGUGCGUAUGAAUGGCGUCGUGUUCAUGGCAUGGGGCAACUCAGCCCAGAGCAGAUGCAAAGGGGUCAACGCUCAGCGGCACCUAGUCCUGAAGAGCGUUCAUCCAAGCCCGUUGAGCGCAUCGAGAGGAUGGUUUGAAACCGACCACUUCAAGAAGGCCAAUGAAUGGCUUAAGCAACGCUACGGCGAGGAGGACGGUCCCAUCGACUGGAGCCUCAAUGUUCCCCCGGAGGAAGCUGGCAUCUGA